AUGGCCCCCGAGCAGAAUGCGCGCGGACCUCAUCGCAUGCGGGACCCUAUCCACAGCCGCCCACCCCCCACCCACGAAGACACUGCAUGCGAAGGCGAGGCGAUGGAAGGCACCGCAGAGGGCAGCGACGCACCCCCUCAAGGCAAGGCUGGCCCCGUUCCUGUGGAUAGCUAUUGCAUUGGCGCUGACAGGCAUGAAGACGAGCUCUUCGACAAGAUUGCGUCCCAGAUCGAGGGAGUACCGGAGGCUCAGUUCACCGCAAGACCAGAUCAAACGCCCACUGGUGAUGCCCCUCCGAAGGAUGCCGGGGAGCUUCAAGCCGAGGACGAAGGCGACGAAGAAGCGCUCGACACUACGAAGCUGAGCGCUCGCGACGCGACGGCGAAGCGCUACAUCGACACUCUCAACAGCGAAGGAUACUUGGAGUUGGUUGACAUGCUGCUGGCAGAGGAGCUGCAGAAAUCCAAUUUCCUCAAUCAAGCUGCAAGCCUAAUGGUCCGAUCAGCGGGGUUCGAGAUACUAGCCUCUACGAACACACGUGUUCUCACCGCUAUCCUAAAGGGCAACCUCGCCCUCGAAGUCAAACGGAACCCCGAGACGGCUAAAGCCGUGAACCGAAUGGCACGGCGCAUGCAGCACCAGCCGACCAUUUACCAAAACAUCCUGGUUGACAGCCAGGGCUUGUCCCCAACCCCAACGGAGUUGCGCGCAGUCAUUGUCAGGCUCCGAGAGUACGUUGGACGUACGGACAGUGACUUUGCUCUACGUGUGGACCGAGUGAAGGGGCGAAAGAGGGUAUCGGCGGAAAAGGUGAAGAGCGGGCGGCGCAAGUACCUCGUGCUUGCCGCACAUAGCGACGUUGUCCUCAGAUUCUGCGAGAAUCUGUCAAGACGCCUGGAUGCUUUUCCUCAGAGCCAAGCGGAUCAGCCUUUGGAGGCGCCGCUCGUUGAGUACGGCUUCGCGAGCAACGCCGCCGUCCGGCUCCAGCAACACAAGUCGCACAACAGGUCCAACUAUCUGAUGAACCUGACAGAAGCCGUCCGCCUUCUUAUGUUCAAGGAACGCUACGCAAUCCGGCAGCACAUCGUUUAUCUUGUUUUCCGGAAGCCACAAUGCGUAGUGGCGGAGAUCCUCUUCACGCGGCUGGGGUGUGGCUACAUCGAGCACGGCGGUGGUUUCAGCCACCAUCCAGCCGGCCAGAGCAAUUCGAGGUGUUACGAUAAAGAAGGGUUCAGGUGGAAUCUUUAUCUAGAAUAUGCCUGGACUAGUUCACCGUUCAAGCAUAACGCCGAGAAGGACUUGGAGCGGGUCACAGAAGCUACAGAGCGCUAUAAUAGGGAAAACGUUGCCUUAAGGGCGGAGUUGGAGGUGAUCGAAAGAGAAAGCACUGCACGCAGGAUCCGUGACGAGGCCGAGUUCCAACGCCUCGAGGCGGAGCUGCCUGGCCUCAUAGAGGAGAGGGAUGCGCUGUUGCAGGAAAAGGAGGCGCUGCUGAAAGAGCUGGAGGACAGGGAGUUGCAGGAACUCGCGGCUGAUCACGUCGCAUUGCUCGAGGACCUCUACAUAUUAAAGGAAGCUUGCCGCCUAGGGGAGGAGUAUAGAGAACUCGUCGACGCCCAUAACGCCAAGAUCGCGGGUGGAAGCGGUGAAGGACCGGGUUAG